AUGUGCUGCGCACUUCAAACAGCUCCUUCGAUUGGCUUUAAGUCGGAUCACCCUUUUAGCAAUAUGAGUAACAGAGGCUCAUCAUCUCCGCAUCAACGGAGGCAGGAAGUGAUUCCUGUUCGAUCGGCUGUUGCUGCAAUGGAACAGCCUACCAAAGAAGAGUAUGAAGCAGGCAAUCAAUUGGGCGCAACCGCAAACUCUUCAAGAUACGACGAUCAGCGCCAACAAGAAAAAGAUUACACCCAUACCAUCUCGUCUAAUACCGACUAUAAAAAAUCGGAUAGAAUUAUGACUGCUGGCAUUCCAGCAAAUCACCAAAGUCCUAGGGAUAACUCGUUAGAGCGGAGUCAAAGAGAGAGUUCCCAGGCCAGCGCCCCUGCGUCGUCCCCAGGUGGGGAGCAGAUCCAAUCUAAUCAAAUAUGCAGUAAUUGUGGCACAACCAGAACACCACUUUGGCGAAGGUCUCCGCAAGGAGCAACUAUAUGCAAUGCCUGUGGCUUAUAUCAAAAAGCUCGCAAUGCUUCUCGGCCCACGAAUCUAAAACGUCCACCAACUACUGCUCCUAUCGGUUAUUCUGGAGAUCCUCGGGAAUCCCCCUCUGCGAGCGGGUCAAUUUCAUUUCCUGCUGCUGGCGCAACCUAUGUUUCUGCAGAUCAAACCUCCACAGGAACAUGCCCUGGUGGUGGACGCUGCAAUGGUACUGGAGGCGCCGAAGGCUGUGGUGGAUGCCCAGCUUUCAACAACCGUGUCUCAAAAACCGCUCACUUCACUUCUUGUCAAGAUAGGCAAUCAACACAAACACCACAGCCGCAAAAUGAUCAACCAACAGAUGCGCCGUCUCCGAUUGAUGUCGCAUCCCUUCAACUGCAAGCACAAAAUACCACGGUCGUUGUAGCUUGCCAAAACUGUGGAACUACCAUUACACCGCUCUGGCGUAGAGAUGAGAGUGGUCACACAAUUUGUAACGCUUGUGGACUGUAUUAUAAACUCCAUGGUGUGCAUCGACCAGUGACUAUGAAGAAAUCAAUCAUCAAGCGUCGUAAGAGGGUAGUCCCAGCAGUUCAAGGUUCUCAAGCUUCUAGUUACGAAACCAGUAGUACAAUGGAUUCGCCAGAUUCUGAUCGUGCUUCGCCCGAAGAGGUAGUUGAGCGAGGCACAAUGAAUCCUGACGGAUCAGUGAACUUGGGUCUUCGUUUACGCAACGAUCCAGGAAGAGCGCUGCCCGAACCAAUCCGGACACAAAAUGGCCAGCAUCAGCAUCAACAACAUCCACCAUCUGAUCUUGGCGCCUAUACAUCGAAUCCAAAUUAUCAAGGACAAAAUCUUGACUCCUUGACUAAUGAUAAUCGACUGCCGCCAAUGGCAUCAUAUCCUUCGCCAAUCCAUAAUCGACUUUCCGUAUCGCCCAACAGUUAUCUCUCCCCUUCUCGAAAACGAUCAUUUUCCGCUACCGAUAUGGACCCAAAUAAUUCUCUCUCCUCGGAAUCUGCACACGCAUCAACUUUACCUAAACGUCUCUCAUCCAUAAAAUCGAUACUGAACCACGGCUUCACAAAUUCCGAUUCUGAUGUUAAUUCCGAAAAUGACCUUAGCUUCCGCCGCGGAACCGAUAGUCUGAGAUUAAGUCCGAGCCGGUAUUCCGCCGCUGUUAGCCCGAGUCUUAGUACCGUCGGUCCUGCUACUUACUCAACCAGUCCCUCGGGUAGUGGAGCUGGAAGUGCACUGAGCAGUGCGAAAGACCCGGCAAGUGAGAGCGAUCGCGCAAAAACCGAGAGAAGGGAGAUGCUACAGAGGGAAGCGGAAAAGAUGAGAGAGGCCUUAAAGGCCAAAGAGAGAGAAUUGGCGGAAUUGGGAAUCGGGUUGGAUUAA